AGUCUAGCCAGAAAGACAUUCAUAUUCUGCUUCUGCACAGACGGACUCGCUGUUGCUGGUUAGGUUUUAGCUUUCGACGAGUUAUUUUUUAACACAAUUUUUUUGGAUCAAGAUAGCCGUUGUUCUUCUCUCUGUGAUUACCUCACAACGAAAAGGAGAUGUGUAGUUGAUUUGGUGAUUAUAGAAUCCGUCUGAACGAUCAAAAGGUUACUAGUUAUAUCACGUCUCCUGUGAUGAUUACAUAUCAAGUGAUGUUAUAUGUGCUGUAUGAGGUUCAGUGAGGAUGUGAGGCCUGUUGGACACGGUUGUCGAUUGUUUUCAAGUCGAGAUAAAAGACAUUUAGUCACCUCACAAAAGGGUGUGAGGGGAUUUUCUAAUUGACGAACAAAUUUUUGGAUUGUGCAAGCUUCCACCCCAUUUCGCUUGCUGCCAUGUCUACAUUUGAGCCAGCCGACAGGAACAGUUGGUACUUCGGCCCAAUGUCCCGCCAAGAUGCAACGGAUCUUUUGAUGGCUGAACGAGAAGGCGGAGUCUUCCUGGUACGGGACAGUACCACCAUCAUGGGCGAUUACGUUCUCUGCGUCAGAGAGGAUAGUAAAGUCAGCCAUUACAUCAUCAAUAAAAUCCAACAAGGAGAUCAAACAAGAUACAGGAUCGGUGAUCAAAUGUUUCCCGAUUUGCCCGCCUUAUUGUCUUUCUAUCGGCUCCACUACCUGGACACGACGCCGCUCAUCCGGCCAGCACCGAAACGAGUGGAGAGAGUCGUAGCCAAGUACGAUUUUGAUGGCAGUGACGCGGAUGACUUGCCGUUCCGCAAGGGUGAAAUAUUGACUGUCAUCAGCAAGGACGAGGAGCAAUGGUGGACGGCCAUGAACAGCCUUGGACAAACUGGCUCGAUACCGGUUCCCUACGUUCAAAAGCAUGAUGGAACAGAUGGAUCGGUAGGAGAGACUGCCAAUAGGAUUAGCAAUAGCCCGACUUCGCCAAGUGCGGCGCCUCAGCAACAAGACAAAACCAAGCGGCCGGCCAACAUUCAACGCAAGUUGCCCGCGUACGCCCGAGUGAAGCAGGCACGCGUACCUAACGCAUACGACAAGACGGCCCUGCGUCUCGAGGUGGGCGACACUGUCAAGGUGACCAAAAUGCAUAUCAACGGACAGUGGGAAGGCGAACUUCACGGCAAGGUUGGACAUUUCCCCUUUACUCACGUCGAGUUUAUCGAUUCGGAAAAUGCCGAUGAUGGGAUCGACAGCUGAAAAUCAUCAAAGUUUAAAGAAAAACAAAAGUUUAGAUAAAAAGAUGAAAGAAAAAGGAGAUGUGUGUUUAGCGCCGGUGCCUGACCCACAUAAUCGCUUGCACACACACACACACACACAUCCCCCAUGCGAUUAUGUUUUUAAAAAUUUGAAGAAAAGAAAAUUUCAAAAAAGAGAAGGGGUUUAUGCCUCCGAUUCUCAUCGACGACACAAUGACAUAAACACUACAAAAUAAUUGCAAUCGAUAACAAAAACUAUUCUGAUUUUCAUCACCCCACCCUUUUCCCCUCCCUUUUUUUCAAUUUACUACUCUCAAUUUUGUUGUUUUUGGUAUAUUGUGAUGUAAUGACACAGCCUCCCUCCUCCUCCUCCUCCCCCUC